CUGGCCCCUCAGCGACGCCCCCCGCGGGUGCCCCGGGACGGUCCCUGUGGGGCGAGCGGGGGUCCUGCGACCCCCCUUUCCCCGGCCGGGCCAGUGCCCCGGGCCCCUCCCCUGCCCCGGAAAUAGUCUUUGCAGCCAAGAACCUAACAAGAGGUGAUGAAUCUACCUGCUCCUGUCACUGUGUGCUGCACAUCAUACUUGCUGUUCAGUCCCGAUUUCUUGCUCUGUGUGGAGAUUGGGGAUGAGGCAUCGCUGUGCUGGGGCAUCCCCACUGUACCUGGGACAGUGACCCUGAAGAAGGACUCUCAGAACCUGAUUGGGAUCAGCAUUGGGGGAGGAGCACAGUACUGCCCCUGUCUCUACAUUGUCCAGGUGUUUGAUAACACUCCAGCAGCCUUAGAUGGCACCGUAGCAGCUGGCGAUGAAAUCACAGGAGUGAAUGGGAAGUCUGUCAAAGGGAAGACCAAGGUGGAGGUGGCCAAGAUGAUACAGAUGGUAAAGGGAGAAGUGACUAUACACUACAACAAGCUUCAGGCUGACCCAAAGCAGGGCAAGUCUUUGGAUAUUGUAUUGAAGAAGGUAAAGCAUCGACUGGUGGAGAACAUGAGCUCAGGCACAGCGGAUGCCCUGGGGUUAAGCCGAGCCAUACUUUGCAAUGAUGGGCUAGUGAAGAGAUUAGAGGAGCUGGAGAGGACUGCAGAGUUAUACAAAGGCUUGACAGAGCACACCAAGAGUCUUCUCAGGGCUUUCUUUGAGCUGUCUCAGACACAUAGAGCAUUUGGAGAUGUUUUCUCUGUCAUUGGUGUAAGGGAGCCACAACCAGCUGCCAGUGAAGCCUUUGUGAAAUUUGCUGAUGCCCAUCGCAACAUUGAGAAGUUUGGGAUUCACCUUCUGAAAACAAUUAAGCCGAUGCUUACUGACUUGAAUACGUAUCUGAAUAAAGCCAUUCCUGACACAAGGCUGACUAUCAAAAAAUACCUGGAUGUCAAGUUUGAAUAUCUGUCUUACUGCCUGAAAGUCAAAGAGAUGGAUGAUGAAGAGUACAGCUGCAUUGCUCUGGGUGAACCCCUCUACCGGGUCAGCACUGGGAACUACGAGUACCGCCUUAUCCUGCGCUGCCGUCAGGAGGCUCGCACGCGCUUUGCCAAGAUGAGGAAGGACGUGCUGGAGAAAAUAGAGCUCCUGGACCAGAAACACGUGCAGGACAUCGUGUUCCAGCUCCAGCGUUUCGUCUCCACGAUGUCCAAGUACUACGACGACUGCUAUGCCGUGCUCCGAGACGCAGAUGUCUUUCCCAUUGAGGUGGACCUUGCCCGCACAACUCUCAACUAUGGGCAAAAGGACACAUACACAGACGGGGCAGAAGAAGAAGGAGAAAGUGAGAGAGAGGGUAGCGGGAAGGAGGAUGCAAAUGGAGAAAAGCUCAUUGAUGAUGCCUGAGUGUGCCGGCAUGGCCAGAGGAAAGACUUUGCAGACUGUUAUGAAAACAUGUAUUUCACGUGGCGAUUCAUCCUCUGUGAUUUCAAUGUAUGUCCAGCCUGGGAUUCCUCCUCUGCUUUGGGUGAGGGUAGCUGGUUGGAUUGGAACCAACCUCUGCUUUCCUCACAUUUCCUUUGCUUGUUUGCCUGGAUAUUCUUUUUUGCCUCCAGAGACUUCUACUACCCAACUUGGGUAGCGAGGUGUGGGGAGGAAAACUCCCUACCACACUGCCAUGUGACUCUGGGCAGACAGGACUCUGCUGAGCACGUGGGAAACACCCUCCCCUCUGGCACAUGGAAGCCAGCUAAUGAUUUGGAGCUCUGUCCUCCCCUUGUGCUCUGGGAAGUGUUAGCAUCAGCAUUGUUUUAUUCACCCCACCACUCGCUGUCUCCAAGCUCCUUCUACGGAGCCACCUUAGAACUGUGAUGGAAAUAUCCCAUCCUUAAACUACAGAGGAGAGAUGGGAAGCCUUGAGGAGAGAGGAAGACGUGCACUUUAGGCAGAGGCUUUGAGAUUUUUUUAGUGCAAAGCAUUACUAGUGUGCCACCCCAAGCUCUCCUCUCUGCACAACCAUUUUGUGCUGCCUUUGGACUAGCCAUCAACAGUAGCUAACAUCCCAUUCCCCAGCACAAGGGAAGAAGGAAAAGGAAACCUGAGGUAGGUGAGGCUGCUUGUUUCCUUUUCCCCUCCCUCCAUCCCUGUGGGCAUACCCCAGAUGCAGAUGGCACUUUCUCUGUUAGUGGGCAGCACAACUGCCAGGAGUGGUGUGCUUCUCGGGGCAAGGGUUUUGACUUCUCUGUCAUUACAUUCUAGUGGUCAUGAGAGAAGUUAUUUAAGGGCAUUAAUUUAUGGUCAAGAUGGUUUGAUUUGGUUUUUCUCUUUGAUUUGUUAUUGGAGCUUCUUCAUCUCAGUGGGUACCUGCAAGAAAGCCAUCCAUGGUCAAGCUGCUCUGAAAAAUUUAGAUGGACUCCAGUGUACUGACUGUUGUCUCUAAUAAAGAAAAAUGUGACAUUCCA